GCCGCUCAUUUUCCCGUUAGGAGGCUCAGGUCGCUCUGGUCUGUUCGCUGACACCGCUUAUCCUUCCCGCCCCAUCCAACACACCGGUCAAGAUGGCAUCAGAUGAAGGAAAACUCUUUGUUGGUGGACUGAGUUUUGAUACCAAUGAACAGUCAUUGGAACAGGUUUUCUCAAAGUAUGGACAGAUUGCUGAAGUUGUUGUUGUGAAAGACAGGGAAACUCAGAGAUCCAGAGGUUUUGGCUUUGUUACAUUUGAGAACAUAGAUGAUGCUAAAGAUGCAAUGAUGGCCAUGAAUGGAAAGUCUGUUGAUGGGCGGCAGAUUAGAGUUGACCAGGCAGGCAAAUCAUCAGAAAACCGGUCCCGUGGGUAUCGAGGAGGUUCAUCCAGUGGCCGAGGCUUUUUCCGUGGAGGCCGGGGUCGAGGCCGUGGUUUUUCUAGAGGAGGUGGAGACCGCGGUUAUGGGGGAAGCAGAUUUGAAUCAAGAAGUGGGGGAUAUGGAGGUUCCAGAGACUAUUACAGCAGCAGCAGGAGUCAAGGAGGCUACGGUGACCGGUCUUCAGGAGGGUCUUACAGAGACAGCUAUGACAGUUAUGGUAAGUCCUGGUUCAAAAGGGAACGCCGCCAAAUGUAUGUGGGAACUCUGAAUCUUGAUUCCAUGACCUUGUACUGAUCUCUGGAAGUAAUUUUAAGGCUCUCAACGCUCAGACCUUAUCACGGUGCUUUUCCCGUAAGGAACAAGUCCAUUCUGUCAGGUCUUGGUGCGAGGAAUCAUUUUCUGCCAAAAAAAAAAAAAAAAAAAGAAAGAAAGAAAGGAAAAAAAAAAGAAAAAAGAACUUACCUAGUGUUAAUGCAUGUGUAGGCCUUAGUUGAAGCUGCAAAGCAUCUUUAGCGUCCCCUUCUCUGACCUCCUAACGAUGCAGACCUCGGAGUGUCCUAACACGCUUUAGACAUGGGGGGAGGAAUUUUCCUUAGGAUCAUGUAGUGGCCUAGCCUCCGCAGUAAUUCAGGGGAGUGAAAUGCUACAACUUGUCAUGUGCUUCAGUGCCUUUACAAUUGUGCCUGCUUCUUGUCCUCAGCUACACACAACGAGUAAAAAUCCUUCCUGAAUCAAGAUCGUCCUUCCAAUGGCUGUAUUUAUAAAGAUUUUUGGAGCUUCGCUGAAUCGUUAUUGUGUAGUACCCAUCUACUUGUAUUCACUUUUGUAGUAUUAUCAGUUCUGAUCUUGUCAAACACAGCCUGACAGCUUCGGACAUGAGAUGGCCUAAUUAGACUUUUCUUUUAAGAAAGCUCUUGUCUGUUCUCGAGUGUUUUUUUUUUUUUAAGCAUUUUUGAAAGCACUUCGGAUUUUAUUUUUUCUUUUCGUCAUGAGCCAAGGUGUGGUGGUUUUUUUUUGUUGUUUUUUCUUUUGGUUUUGUUUUACUUUUUAAAUUUUUUUUUCUUUUUACAACAAAAACUUGUGAAAUUGGGGGCCCUGGUUCGGUUUUCUUUGAGCUAGAAAAGGACCUUAAAUUCAAUGUUCACGGGAAGCUGAACAAGCUGUGGAGGUUUGGCUUUUUUUUUUUUAAAGUGCGUUACCUUCAACUUUUUUGUAACCUUCCUUUAGUGUAGCAAGGUAGGAAUGCAGCCGUGAGGGUUUGUGGAGAGGCAGACCACCUUGGUAUAUCUAAAGAGAAACUGCUUGUAUGUUCAUUCUGCAUAAAGGUAUUUUUACUGUAUACUGUAAAUUACCCAGAAAUAGACUUGCAAACUUUCCAUAAAAGAGGUUCUUGAAAAUGUUUAUUUAUAUUGUCCUUUUUUUACUGGAAGAAGUAUGCAUAUUCCAUUGAUAUUGUAUUUGAAGUGGUUAAGGAAUUCUUGUAUACAGUUUUCUUUGGCUUUACGAAGCCUAUUAAAAGACCGUCUGAAAUGAACUGUGCUCCUGACAUUUACCUUUCAAUGCACAACACACCCCUUUGCUGGAUGUCUGACGUUUUGACAGCAAGUGACAAAGCAGACCACAGGGCAGAGAGUGUAGGUGGAGGAGUUGGCUGACGGGAGAGUCAAACUUCCGACCAGCAGAAACCAAACUGAGAAAUUGAAGGGAGCUCCUGCUGGUCCUGGCAUUUGAGUAUAUUAAACAUGACUUCACUCUGAGGAUGACAACCUGUUGCACUGUAGUCUGCCUGGCCAGACACGUGGAAUAGGGGAGCUACUUGACUCAUUUGGAAGCCAGAGGACAUCCAGUAACCAUUGAGCACCAUUGUACCGAAACAUUGACAGAUCUUAGUCUAGAAUCUAGAGUCUUGUGAUAACUGGAGUAGCACAGUAUUCCAAGGUAGACAAGGGAAAACCGACAACAAAGAAUUGACUCAUUAGCUAGCUUUGUCCUUGCCUUACAAGUUCUAAGAAUUCUCUGCUAGCAUAUGGAAACUGCAGUGUCCCUGGAGAAAAGAAGUGUUGUGCCUCCCAACAGAGAAACCUCUGAGACGAAGGCUGCUUUCUUGGCUAGUUCAUAUGUGGAAAUAGUCCUGUAAUUCGAGGUAACUCCCUUUUGCUCAUGUCCGCAUCCUUCCUCUUGUUGAGAGCUCAUUUGAAAGUCUAAUGUGCCUGUGGAAUGUUCCUUUUUUUGACUUAAGUCAACCAAGAGAAAAAAAAAAGCAAAUUAAAAUCAUGCCUAUUGCAAUCCUUGGUGUGUGGCACAGAGAUUCGUUCCAUGGGUCAGAGCUGGGCGCACAGUCAUGUCUUGCUAGUAGGUAUGUAAGCAAGAUUGGAAACAAGUGAAUUCCCUGCCUUUUGGAUUUUUAUUCAUCUAUUGAGAAUCUUCCUAGACUUCAUUAAGUCACUCACUUAAGUGUAGCUUUCUUUGCCAUCUCCUUGUUGCCAUUUUUUGCCCAUAGCCCACACUCUCCCUAAGCAGCCCUAUCAGAAGUGAUUUAACUGUCUCUGCUUAAGGAUGAAAUGUGACAUUGGCUGGUAUAUCAGCCAGCCCUGGAAACCUUUGCCCACAAAUGUGCUUCUGUGAUGUGAUGGGUUCAGUGAAUGGCUUGUGAAACCCUUGUAAAUGAUGUGAACUGUUUCUGGGGUGGUGGGGAGGGGCGUUUGAGAGCCCUGGUGUGGAUGGGGUUAAUAACGCCCAUUUACUUUGACAGGUUGAAGAAAGUGAAGCAAUAAUAAACCAGCAAGGUGGCCAAGGACCAUGGUGUCUGAUUUAAGGACUCCCUAGAGGCAGCCGCUGAAGCCUGCUUGUGCUUGGGCACUCAUUCCCUCACCUGGAGUGGUUUCCUGGGGAGGCAGGAGAACUUGAGAUUGGACCUGGAUAACUUAUUGAUGAACUUCAGAGAAGACCAAAAGAUAAGCUAUGACUUGCACUUGAGAGGUUGAGGCCUGUGUAUAUUAAAAUAUGGUUGGAAGAAUAAAACUAUUACAAAAAUGUUCGUCUGUACAACUCAUUUGAAAUUGGAAAAUCAGAUUAGAAUAAAUGGCUCAAAAUGGAUAUAA